GAAAAAUAAACUGGCCCUGUUUUGUUUUUCUUUUUUGUAAAUUCGUUGAUCUGAUACGCUUCUCUUGCAAGUUUUGUCUGUGUUGAGUCUCCAGAUCUUUGUUUUUUGUUUGUCUUGAAGAUUGAUUUCUAGCGAUUCACUGUCAUGGCCGGGCGUUACGAUCGGAAUCCGUUCGACGAUGAAGAAGUCAAUCCAUUCGCGGAUCCAGCUGUUAGGGGGAAAGCAUCUGGACAGUCAAACUAUGGGGGAGGUGCAUUUUAUACCACAAAUCCUGGAAGUGUUCCUCCUGCCACAAACUCAAGGCUUUCACCUCUUCCUCCUGAGCCUGCAGAUUUCAACUAUGACCGUGGAGCAACAAUUGAUAUUCCUCUUGAUACAGCAAAGGAUUUAAAAAAGAAGGAAAAGGAGCUUCAAGCCAAGGAGGCUGAAUUAAAGAAGAGAGAACAGGAACUGAAAAGGAGGGAAGAUGCUGCAGAUCGAGCUGGUAUUGUCUUAGAGGAGAAAAAUUGGCCUCCAUUUUUCCCCAUUAUUCACCAUGAUAUAGCAAAUGAAAUACCAAUCCACCUGCAAAGGCUGCAGUAUGUUGCAUUCAUGACAUGGUUAGGGUUGGUAGUAUGUCUAUUAUGGAAUAUUGUAGCAGUUACCACAGCAUGGAUCAAAGGAGAAGGUGUGACUAUCUGGCUCCUUGCCAUUAUAUAUUUUAUAUCAGGAGUGCCAGGAGCUUAUGUACUGUGGUACCGUCCUCUUUAUCGUGCUUCGAGGACUGAAAGUGCAUUGAAGUAUGGGAGGUUUUUCCUGUUUUACUUGAUUCACAUUGGAUUUUGCAUAUUUUCUGCAGUUGCCCCUCCUAUUAUUUUCAAGGGGAAUUCUCUUACAGGUAUCUUGCCAGCAAUUUCUCUUCUCGGCGACAAUGCUUUGGUUGGGAUUUUCUAUUUCAUUGGAUUUGGAUUCUUCUGCGUUGAAUCACUGAUCAGUUGCUGGGUUAUUCAGCAAGUAUACAUGUAUUUCCGAGGUAGCGGCAAGGCUGCAGAGCUGAAGAGGGAGGCUGCAAGAGGAGCCGUGAGGGCAGCGCUAUGACAUGGCACCACGGGAAUGGUGAAUGAAAAAGAUGGAUGGGCGACAUUGGAUGUGGGCGGAACUGUGGAAGAAAUAGGGAAAAUUGCUGGUUUAGCUGUGGGCAUUUUUGCACACCAUGUUUCAUAGCCUUUUAUAGCCCAUUGUUUAUGCUGUUUAUCAGGGAAUAUUAUGAGAAGACGACUUCAAUGUACAAAGAAGAGGUAGGUCAAAGCAUGUUGAAAAGAAGACUUAGUGUGAUUUUAUACUGGGGAGGGUACAGUUUCUUUACAGUCCAUUCUUUACACAUUUGAUUUAGUAUUUGAUUCUAUAUGUAUCGUGCUGAUGCUCUUUUUUCUGUUGGUUUUUUCACUCGAACGAUGUAUCAUUUUGGCAUUGAGAGGUAUUACUAGCCUUGUAAAUUUGGGAAACAA